CUCUCUACGUCAUCCGGCAAGAUGCCAUCCAAACUGAGAAAAACCAGGAAGCUACGAGGACAUGUCAGCCACGGCCAUGGCCGUAUUGGCAAGCACAGGAAGCAUCCUGGUGGUCGGGGUAAUGCUGGUGGAAUGCACCACCACAGAAUCAACUUCGACAAAUAUCAUCCAGGUUACUUUGGAAAAGUUGGUAUGAGACAUUUCCACUUGAAGAAGAAUCAGUUGUUUUGUCCUACCAUCAAUCUGGAUAAGCUGUGGACACUGGUCAGUGAACAGACCAGGGUAAACUAUGGCAAAAAGCCCGAUGGACCAGCUCCCGUCAUUAAUGUUGUACAUGCUGGAUACUACAAAGUUCUGGGCAAGGGAAGGCUGCCUAAGCAACCUCUCAUUGUCAAGGCCAAGUUCUUCAGCAGGAAAGCAGAAGAGAAAAUCAAACAAGUUGGUGGGGCAUGUGUAUUAAUGGCAUAAACUCUUUGGACUCUGGGUGCAAGAAUAAAACAUACCGUCACUUUU